AUGGAGUUUUCGACUUCCGGCGAAACAUACAAGAUCUCUCUGGCGGCGAAAUGGUGUCCUUCGAUCGAUUCAUGUUUUGACAAAGCAACUCUGAUCUACGAGAGCAUCGCUAAGAAGCUGUUUCCACGUGAAUCCUUCCCGGAAUACGAAGGUGUAGAAGAAGCUCAUUACGGGUACAGAGUUCGUGAUCGGUUACGGAAACAAGUUUUGGUACCUCUCCGGAAAACUCUGCAACUCCCGGAGGUUUACAUGGGAGCGAGCGAUUGGAAUUCUCUUCCUUACAAUCGAGUCGCAUCGGUAGCGAUGAAAUCGUACAAGGAGAUAUUCCUGAAACACGACGAGGAGAGAUUUGAGCAAUACCUAGAAGAUGCUAAAUCAGGUAAAACGAAGAUCGCCGCGGGAGCUGUAUUGCCCCACGAGAUCAUCGGAGAAUUAAACGGCGGAGACGGUGGACAAGUGGCUGAGCUUCAAUGGAAACGAAUGGUUGAUGAUACGAGGAAAAAGGGCUCUUUGACGAACUGCAUCGCUAUCUCCGACGUGUCGAGAUCUAUGAGCGGUACUCCGAUGGAGGUUUCCGUUGCUCUGGGUUUACUCGUCUCUGAGUUAUCUGAAGACCCAUGGAGAGGAAUGCUGAUAACUUUCAGCAAAAACCCAGAAUUGCAUUUGGUGAAAGGAGACGACUUGAGAACGAAAACAGAGUUUGUGAGGAGAAUGAAGUGGAAUAUGAACACUGAUUUUCAGAAAGUGUUCGAUCUGAUUCUGAAAGUUGCAGUGGAAGGGAGACUGAAACCGGAGGAGAUGAUCAAGAGGGUUUUCGUGUUCAGCGACAUGGAGUUCGAUCAAGCUAGAGUUAAUCGAUAUCGGCGUUAUGGUAGAUGCUAUGAAGUGUCGACUUCGAGGAAUGGUGGAUGGGAAACGGAUUACGAAGCGAUCGUGAGGAAGUACAGAGAGAAUGGUUACGGUGAAGCUGUGCCGGAGAUUGUGUUUUGGAAUCUGAGGGAUUCGGGUUCAACGCCGGUGACGGGAAGCGAGAACGGAGUGGCUUUGGUUAGUGGGUUUUCGAAGAAUUUGAUCAAAAUGUUUUUGGAUAAUGACGGAGGGAUUAGUCCAAUGAAGAUCAUGGAGGUUGCUAUAUCAGGAGAAGAGUAUGAAAAGCUUGUUGUAAUUGAGAAUGAUGUAAUAAGCAACAAGCCAACAAGAUAUAAAAGAAAGAAUAGAAUGAAGCCCAAGGUCAUCUCUCAGCCAAAACCUGCAACGUAUCAAAGCAGAGGAAGGACACAAACUACCAAUCAAAUGCCGUUAAAGAACAGAUUUGAUGCUUUCAUGGAUUUAGAUCAAUGA